AUGAACCGUUUAAAUAAGUCGACACCUCUCGUUUAUGAUAUUCUACAACUGAAAGUGCUGCACACAGGCCGCCUCAUGUUUCAGUUGGCACGAUAUUUGAGAUAUCGCACUGAGGAUGAUGAUGAUGAUGAUGAUGAUGAUGAUGAUGAUGAUGAUGAUUCGGAUGAUGAUGAUGUUGAUUCGGAUGAUGAUGAUGAUGAUGAAGCGAAACUUUGA